UUUGAAAUUGGUCAGGAAGACAAUAUUCAUGCUUUUCCUCUAUCAUCAUUUCAAUCACCACAGCAUUUAUAUAAGCAUGCAAUUUUAUUUUCUCCAAAUCCUUUACAUAAUUAUGUGAUUUCAUUUCCUCCUAAU